GGGUGAUGAAGCAAGAUGGCGUCUGACGGAGAAGUCCUAAACGCGGGCAUUAUAUUUCUGUAUUCUUACAUAUAUGUUGUUUAAUAGAGUACACACGGUUAAUAAUUGUUUGUAGCCGGAUACAUUAGUCUGAGCGCACUUUGACACUUCUCCUGUUUGCUAGCUUCACUUAAGGUAGCUUGCAGCUAGUUUAGCUGGCUAGUUAGCUUAGCUUGUUAGCUGCUAACAAAGAGACGCGGAAGUUAUUUAAACAUCGCUAAGUAGGGAACUAAUGUGAGUGUAAAGUGUUGUGAUUGUGUGAAAAUGUGCGAAAGUACGAUGGCAAAGUAUGAAGAGGAACUUUAUCCAACAAAAGAGGAGAAGGAGCGACAACAUCAACUACUGGAUGUUUAUUAUAAGAAACAUCAUCAAGUUGUGUUACACAGAACAGAUGUCCAGCGGGUGUCAGCAGGGAGUCAUGAAGAGAUUCCCUCCGGGCAGCAGGAGUGGCACACCAGUGUGGGACAGAAGGAGCUACAGGCCCCCUCCCACAUUAAAGAGGAGCAGCUUCAUGAUGAAGAUGAAGCUCAGUCCUUACAGCUUCGACAUAGUCAAAGUGAGGAGAACAGAGGGGCGGAGCUUGUAAGUCAACACAUCACAGAAGCUGAUGGAGAGCAUUGUGAAGAUAUAAAGUCAGAACCAGACAGCAUCUUUGCUCCACUGUCAGACAUGGACCACAUGAUGUCAGACUCUUCUGAUCACAGUGACCACAUCCAAAAGGCUUUGGAGAGUAAAAAUUACUCUAAAGGUAAUACGAGACAUCACACUAACAACAAACACUUUGACUGCUCUGAAUGUGGGAAAUCAUUUAGACAGAAGAGACAAUUUAGAGAACACAUGAGAAUACAUACUGGAAAGAAACCUUUUACUUGCUCUGUUUGUAAGAAGAGUUUCUCCACAAAGCAACACAUGACCACACACAUGAGAACACACACUGGAGAAAAACCUUUUCCUUGCUCAGCUUGUGCUAAAAGAUUCAACACUAAGAAUGAAAUUAUAUUACACAUGAGAACACAUACUGGUGAUAAACCUUUUACUUGCUCAAUUUGUAAGAAGAGUUUUUCCUCAAAGCAACACAUGAACACACACACGAGAACACACACUGGAGAUAAACCUUUUACUUGCUCAGCUUGUGCUAAAAGAUUCAACACAAAGAAUGAAAUUGUAAUACACAUGAGAACACAUACUGGAGAGAAACCUUUUACUUGCUCUGUUUGUAAGAAGAGUUUCUCCAGAAAGCUUGACAUGACUACACACAUGAGAACACAUACUGGAGAAAAACCUUUUACUUGCUCAGUUUGUAAAAAGACUUUCUCCAGAAAUAAUAACAUGACCACACACAUGAGAACACACACUGGAGAGAACCGAUUUAGUUGCACUGUGUGUGAUAAGAUGUUCCGGUAUAAGUAUCAGGUCAGUAAACACAAGUGUGUAACAGUCAUGGAAGCUGCAGGGAUUUAAAAACACUUAAACAGUGAUUGUGCUAAAUGUACUUUAAAAACACAGUAUAUUUGAAUGUAUAUUUGAUGUUGUAUGUAGCGCUUCUCAUCUUCUAGUGUUAUAUGUUGUCCUGGAAUUACUUUUUAAGUUGUGUGCAUUUAUAUGUAGCUACAUUUUUUUGUCAUCUUUGAAAAGAGGACAUCUUAUUAUUUAAAUUUGUUUUGUUUUUUUUGUCUUUUAUAAAAUCACACUUUUUUUUAUUUGCAUUUAUUGAUGUUAUUAUCCAAUUAGUAUGAAUGAAUAAAAUUGUUAACAAAAUGUGGACUCUGGAAGAAUAGCAGCAUUGUUACAUCAUGGAUGCUAACUACUGCAAGACAUCAACAAAGAAGAUAAAGGCUGAAGUUAGCAACACAUCGCUGAACUUUAGAGCCAUUGUGAGUGGAGUUGGUUGUUUUUAUUGCUGCAUUUGAACUUAUUUCACCUCACAUCUUCACUUUUAAUCCUAAAGUCUUCUUCAAAUAUAUUGUUGUUGGCUUCUAA